AUGUUGAAGAGAAUGGGGUGGCUAUGUUCUCUUUUCAUUAUCUGUUUUCUGGGUCUUACUGUAACUGGUCAAGAAUCCAUUGAGCUCCUCAACCUAUGUGAGACAACUGAUGACAUUUUACAAGCCUCAUCAGACGCCAAGCUUCCCUUGGCUGUUUCAGUGAGUGCUGGAGACCUCAAUGAGGUUUCUUUCAGCAUUCUAUUGGCUGAAAGAUGGCUCAGACACAACGUUCUUGCACACUACCCUACCUCAAAUAUCACCACCAUUGUUGUGGGAACAACUGCCUUUUGCAAACAAGACCAACAACACAACCACCUGCCUGAGGUUCUAUCUUCCUUGAAGAAUGUCUACCACUCACUGAAGAGGUGGGGUUUGGAGAAAGACAUAAAAGUUUCUGUUGCUUUUAAUCUGGACUGUUUGUCUCUAAACAAAGUUUCUUAUAACAAUGAUUUGAAAAUGCUCAAACCCCUGUUAGAGUUUCUCCAAGGGGUAAACUCCACAUAUUCUGUGAUCCCACAUCAUGGCUUCUCACAUCUUUCUGAUAAAAGUUUGAGCUUGGUGUCUUCUCACUAUGAGUCCUUGAAAAAGCUUGGAUUUUUCUACCUCAACAACAUAAAUGUUAUAGCCACUGUUUCAAGAGGGAGAAAAAACAUAGCAAGAAAGCUUUCGGUUGUUGAUUUUAGCCCAAUAGGUCCAUUCCCAGUGAGGCCAGCUCCAAUGCCAGAAAUAGCCAAGUCCCCGAUGACUCCUUCCAAUGUACCUUUGCCUCCUUUAGCACAAGUAGUUUCUUCACCACCUCCAAUACUUUCUCCCACUUUUGCCCCUGAAGAGCCACCAUUUGGGGUUCCAGCUAGUUCACCUCAUGGUUUCACACUACCUCCUUGUAAUCCACUGCACAAUGGCUCACCUUAUCCCCAAAUAUUCCCUGUCCAGAAGGUGUGGUGUGUGGCUAAGCCUAGUGUUCCUGAAGAAACACUGCAACAGGCCAUGGACUAUGCUUGUGGAGAGGGUGGUGCUGAUUGCAUGGAGAUUACGCCACAGGGAAACUGUUAUUAUCCAGACACUGUGGUUGCUCACGCUUCCUAUGCUUUCAACAGUUACUGGCAGAAGCACAAGAGAAACGGUGGAACUUGCAGCUUUGGAGGGACUGCCAUGUUGAUCAAUGCUGACCCAAGUUUCCUUCACUGUCGGUUUAUUCUUAGCUAA